AUGGACUGGUGGGCAUACGCAGUGCAACAAAAUUGCAGCUGGUAUUGGAAGAAAAUUGUUGAAAUUAAGGAUCUCUUUAGAGCUAAAUUGGAUAAAUCAGCGUUUAUGGCAGUGCAAUAUAGUAUCCAAUCCGGUUAUGAUAUACUAUAUGACCAACAUAUCAAGGUACAAUGGAGUAAAUUUGUAUGGGAGAGAUGUAGUAUUCCGAAACAUAGAUAUAUCCUUUGGUUAGUACUGCAUCGGAAGUUGAGAACCAAAGAGCAUCUCAGCAAAUACUUUCAUGCGAUGGACACAGUAUGCCUGCUGUGUGGUGAUCACAAGGAAGAUAUUACUCAUCUAUUCUUCCAAUGUACUUACAGUAAAAUCUGUUUUGUGAAGAUGAAGGAGUGGAUUGGCUGCCAAGCACAAACAGAGCAUUAUCAAGCAUUAUUGCAAUGGAUUUCUAAAGCAAAACACCUCAGCAAACUCAGGAAAGGAUUUUUUAUAGCUGCUGUUACUUGA